CGCCAACCUUGAGCAACUAAUCCGCCAUAAAGUCCGAACACCCUGAGGAGAACCUGAGGAAGUGCAACGUCGAUUUUUGCAACUCGAUGUUCCUCGGGUCCAGUGACAUUGAUCCGGGGGUGGCCAAUCAACAGGAUCAACAGAUGGCGAAAAUAACUUCCAGCCAUCGUCAACCUUCAAAGACCAAAAAUACUGAACAAUAGAAUUUAAUUUAUGUCGAGUGGAAGGAAGAAUCAUAGUCGGGAUGAGUGUCAACAGUUCUGGUGUGGCUGAUUUUUUUCACAUGCUCGAGUCCAAUAAGUUGAGCGAUGUGGAGGAGAUCAAGAAAGUUUUUCACGAUCAUUUUUUAUCCACAAAAGAUAGCUGGUUGGUCAAUGGGCUCUUUGAUUACUACUUAUCAACGGACUCCCUGCGUACGAUUGAGGUACUCGCGGGAGUGCGUGAGCCACAUGAUAAAUAUCUCUUGGAUCGUCUCUCGGAUACAUUGGCCAGGCCCAGUAGCAGUGGCCAACGUUUGAAGGUACUCACCGUUCUUGGACAUGUUGCCAGAAGACAGCCAACCCUUUACAAAUUGGCCAAUCAUCCACUCUUCAGAGAACUACUCAAACUGCUUAAAGUUGAUUCUGAGGCUUUGUCACUCAUGAGUGGGCUUCUGCUGCUUGUGACAUUACUGCCAAUGUUACCAGCUGCACUUGGUCCCUAUUUGCAUGAGAUAUUUGAGGUAUUCGGACGUCUGGCCUCAUAUUAUCAUUUCCAAUCCUCUAAUCUUGCUUCUACUAUUGGCAGUGGAAAUAGUAUGGAUAAGGAUCAACUUUAUUUACUGCAUCUACAGGUUGGAUUGUACAGUUUGUUCCACCGUUUAUACGCGAUGUACCCCUGCAACUUCAUAGCUUAUCUGAAACAGCAGUACUCCCAGAGGGAUCAUGAUGUUUUUAAAUUAACAAUUAAACCGAUGCUGGAGUCUGUGCGGCUGCAUCCACUACUCGUCACUGCCUCUAAAGAUGUAGAGACGAAUGCAGCUAGAUGGAAGAAAAUGGAGCACCACGACGUGGUGGCAGAAUGUGGCCGUUUUGCUCUUGACAGGAGUAGAGAGGAGAUAUUGGCACCCAUAAAUCUUCGUGCUACUCCAAUACCAGAUCAUCUGUGCCCUUAUACGCCAGUGAGUGUGGCAGAGGGAUUAUCAGGGACAAGGACUACGAAUGGAGAUGAGGAUUCAUUCUGGUCUCCCAGCAUGGCCAUUCCUCCUCACAGUCCACCCCCACUGUCAGCCCCUAGCCUCGAGCCUCGAUCUACACCAUCAACCCCCAAUAACAACAGAAGCAACUCCUCACCACCGGAAGCAGCGGUUGAAGCAACACCUGAAACAACUCCUGUUAAAGAUAUUCGACAGGUCUCUUCGCGACAGCCACCUCUGGGCUCAGCUGCUGUUAGAGCCCUGGGGGCCUUUGGGAAUGGAUCGUUGACUGGAAAUUCAAGACCAUCUACCCCAACUUUCAUCAAUUCCAAUGCCUCAGCUUUUUCGGGAAUCGGAGGUAGUGGAGAUGGUGGAAUUCUUUCGCAGAAAAUAAAUAGACUCGUUGCUGAUCGUCAGAGUGUUCUCCAAACGCAGAGAUCUUUCAAUUUUGAAGGGGUUGGGAGGGGCUUGGAGAGCAGUCCAGGAAGAAAUGGAAAAAAUGAUAGUUGGAAGGAGGAUCAAGAGGUGGAAAUUGUUAAUUCCCAAGCUUGCAGAUCCUUGACAUUCCUAGAACGUCAACCGUACAAUGAUGAUAAGGCCCGUGGUGCAAGAGGAGAUCUAUCAAAGAAAAUAAAAAGACUGAGAUUUUACUCCCAAUGUCCCUCUCAACAGCCAUGUCCACUCCCCCAGGAGGAUAUCUGUAACGUGCGAAGAACAAACUCCUGUCCAGACAUGAAACCGCGAAAAAAGUUGAGCACAUUAAUGGAUAAUUUUAGGAGCAUUGUUGGGGCCAAAUGUAGUGAAGAAGUUGGAACACAAACAUCCGACCUUAUUCCUUAUGAGCAUCUGUUGGUUGGAUUACUAGAGCAGAGGCAUCAUGAACAGCAAGCAUCAAAACAGAGUGCUGAGUCGAGAUUGUCUCCAAGCUCGAUGCUUGAUCGAUAUAUUGAGGCUUGUUCGCGUAUUAGUUCUUCCACUGGGGACAAAAAAAGACUCAGGAAGAAGGAUGACGAUAGGGACGACUGGAUCGAGGACUUUGGGAGUGAUAAUCCACAGCUGCAAAUGAUGCAGAUGCAGUUGUUGUUUGAACGACAAAGAAGGGAGGUUCAUGCUGAGAGGAAUAGAAGACUACUGGGAAAAUUAAGAGAUUCUAGGGCACUAGAAGAGCAGAAUGCUGCAUUGACUGAUCGACUACGUAUGGCGGAGAGCGAAAUCGAGGGUUUCAAGGGUGAGAUAGAUCGCAAUAAAAAGGAGAGCAGAAUUGCUGAGGAGAGAUAUGCCGAUGCUCUUCAUCAUUGGCAAUCAAAGUGUGUUGAAGAGCAGAAUCAGAAUCGACUUCUCAGAGAAAAAGUUGAAGCAAUCGAACUGGAACUGAAAAACGAGAAGAAGAGGGUGAUUGAGUGUGAGCAACAAGCGAGAUCAGCCGAAGCCUUGUUGUUCGAUGCUGCACAUCAACUGAAGUGUGCACUCAAGGCCGCAAGUCGAGGGGACGAGUUGAAGAGAACACUGGAUCUCAUGCACAAACGAUUCCUACUCUUGGGAGAGGCUCAAUCAAAACUGCAGGAGCGUACGUCUGGGCCAGUUCCAAUGUCUAGACAGGAAGCAGCACAGAUACAGAGAGCUUACUCUGAAGAAUUAUCGAAUUUAAAACGCCAGUUAGACUCACGAACAUCCAUGAUAGAAGCUCUGAGGGUUCGCCUAGUGGAGUUAGAAAGCCGUGAAACCCGUACAGAAGCACAAUUGAUUGACCAACAGCGUUUACUGCAAGAAGCAAAAGACAGGAAUGAAGCAGAACUGUGUGCAGUUGAGUCCAAAUACAAAUCUCAAGUUGAGAUAAAUCUCCUCCUGGAGAGUCGUAUAUUGGAGCUACAUGGAAGCCUGGAGGCAGCGACAAUUGGCUCUGGCUCAGCAGCUGUGAAUCUUGCCUCCUCUGCAUCGCCGAAGGAACGAUCGCCCCCUUUAUCAGGCAGUCUGGCCUCUUCGAGUGAAGGUAGCCUGGCAUUUCACUCUAGCACUGGUAUAAUCAGUGAUUGUUGUGAUUCUGCUGGUGAAAUAGCCAAUCUCCAGGCUAUUGUCGAACCUGCCCCGUCAACAUCGAGUCAAGCCACUACGCCAUCACGUUCCAGUCAUAGACACGUACCAAAACGAGACUAAAACGAUUAAUAUUAGUGAAAGAAAAGAAAUAAUACAUUGACGUUACGAUGAAAAUAUGUUGAACUAAAGAAGAAUGAA